AUGCCUACGCGGAACCCCGCUACGAACGAGCCCUCGGAGGCGGUUACAGGAAAUGGUCAUGUCGACCUGAACUCGAUGAGGAACUGGCAACUACGGGAUGCUCCGAGCGAUCCAGGCAUCAUCACCGACAACAAAUGCAGUGAAGGCACAGUUUUCUGGGACCCUUCACGCGCAUGGCUGACGGACGCGGGGCUCGUAUUCACCCUUCUAACGCUCACAGUCAAGCAGCGCAAGGAAAUCUUCGUUUGGGAUUUCACAUCAGCCGGAGACCCACGUUGCACCCGAGUGCCCAAGGGGCCGACUGUAGUGGUCAUGCAGAACAACGUCCGCUGCUUGCUCGCAUGGAAGGGCAUGUAUAUCUUUACCGGCGGCCACAAGCUUGCGGGCUGGCUUCUAAACACGAAGUACCCCGACCCAGAGCGCGGCCGCGAAGCCGGUUGGUUCCAACACCACAACGAAGUCCGACUUAUUUUAGACCACAUUCGCGAUGACCAUUGA